CUCUCUCUGUCUAGUUCUUGUUCUUGGAGCCUUGUUUUUUCUCCUUCCUCGAGCUUUGAAUUGAGCUCUCUCUCUCUCUCUCUCUCUCUGUGUCUCGUUUUAAAGCUCUGGCCUUUUCUCGCUUCCGGAAAAUGGCCAGGCGCAUUUAAUAUUCUAGCCUCUGCUUUCGAAAAGCGAGUUUCCACCGGGGCUGAAGAACGGUCAACUUGGUUGGUUGUAUAAUCAACAAAGAUCAGCUGAUAAAGGCCACCGUGGCUCAUGAAAGUAGAGAGGUUUUGAACGCCGGUCAAAGAAGAGAGAGAGAUCUUCACUUCUCCCCCCCCCACCAUUCUUGCUUCAGAUGUAAGUCUCGUUGAAAGGUAUGCUCACGCCUGGAGAGUCGCUACAGCCCCUCCCCCAAGUCUCUUCCCCUGUAUUAUUCUGGGGGGAUUUUUGGGCUUGAGGCUUCUAUUGGUGGGUGUUGCGAUGUUACAUCAUUUUAGUUAUUGAAAUUGACGUUGCAAUGAAGUCGGGUUGAGGUACAAAGAGAGCUCCGAAAUUUCUGCAGCUACUUAAGAUGGAUUCCGUUAAGAGAUCUUCAGUCACUCCGUCAAAGAGUAGGUUGGCACGUACAUUUUCCAAAGUUCUUCAUAUUCGUGUUGCUACAGGGAUUGCCCCGAAUGAUGAAAUUAAGAAGCCUAAGCCUCAGAAGGUGGUGGUCAAGGAUAGUCAGUUGAAAGGUGAUCCCAACAGUGAUUCUAUGUUUGAUGAUGAGGAAGAUGAAAUUCAAGAAAGAGAGGCUUUAGAGGCUCUUCUUGCUAAAAUAUUUGCCAGUAUUUCAUCUGUCAAAGCGGCGUAUGCCCAGUUACAGUUGGCUCAGUCCCCUUAUGAUGCUGAGGGGAUUCAGUCCGCUGACCAAAUGAUUGUUUCCGAGUUGAAGAACUUGUCUGAGUUGAAGCAAUGUUAUGUGAAGAGACAGUUUGAUAUUUCGCCGGAAACCACAAUGCUUCUGGCUGAAAUCCAGGAGCAGAAGUCUCUCUUGAAAACAUACGAAGUAAUGCGCAAGAAGAUGGAGUUUCAGCAGAAAGUCAAGGACUCUGAAAUUGCAUCUCUUAAACAGAAGCUGGAGUCGUUAAACAACCAAAACAGAUUAACAGAGAAGAGGUUAAAUCAGAGUGGCCCCUUGUCUGUUCUGGAUAAUCUUCACCUUUCUGGCAUCAGUCCUAACCAUUUCGUUACUGUACUUCGCCAUACUGUAAAGUCCAUUCGGAGCUUCGUAAGGUUGUUGAUCGACGAGAUGAAAUCUGCGGACUGGGAUGUCGAUGCAGCAGCCAGUGCAAUAGAACCUGGAGUUGUUUACUGGAGACCGGAUCACAAGUGUUUCGCGUUCGAGUCCUUUGUUUGCCGGGAAAUGUUUGAUGGAUUCCAAUUCCCCUACUUUUCCCUUUCCAACGAUUCCUUGCCCGAGAGGAGAAGAUGGCAACAGGUCUUUUUUGAGAGGUUCGUGGAGUUGAAGUCCUCGAAGGCGAAGGAUUACUUGGCCCAGAAACCGAGAUCGACAUUCGCGAAAUUCUGUCGGGUCAAGUACUUGCGACUCAUCCACCCCAGAAUGGAAAUGGCUUUCUUCGGCAACACGAGCCACAGGAACCUCAUGAGCGCGGGCGAAUUCCCGGAGACCACAUUCUUCGCGUUGUUCGCGGAGAUGGCGAAGCGGGUGUGGCUCCUUCACUGCCUGGCCUUCUCGUUCCAGCCGGAGGGCACCAUCUUUCAGGUGAGCGAGGGGUCCAGGUUCUCCGAAGUGUACAUGGAAACGAUCGCGGAAGAAGAAGCGUUCAACACCACGGAAUACGAUCCAAGGGUAGCGUUCACAGUAGUCCCGGGUUUCAAGAUUGGUAAAACGGUGGUACAGUGCCAGGUUUAUCUAUUGAACUCCAAGUCAAGGUGAAAAUCUUGAAUUAUGGGUCCAGCUGGAUCCACAAGCCCUAUGUAUUAUGAUGCUCUCCAUAAUUGUCAGAUUUUCGCGACCCCCCAAAAAAAGACAAAAGAAAAACAUCCGAGAUCGAGCUGGAAGCCAUAUAUUCUUGAUUUUUCUUUAGUACGUUUAGAUUUAGGUGUACGAGAGAAAAUAUCAAACGGGGCUUGGCUCUCUCGGGCUCUCUCUCUCUCUCUCUCUGGGUUGCUGCUGUACAUCUUGUCGUGGGGACUCUCGAACUCCUGGUCGCGGGGCAUUUUGUCGCUUUUGCCUUUUGGCCCUUUUCUGGGAGAAAGGAAAAGCGAAGGGGGACCGUCGUCUUGGAUGCGGGGCAGCAAGAAUCUUUUUCCUUUGAACGAUAUAAUAUUAAAGGAUUUAGAUUUUUGACUGGACGUUCAUGUUCACGCUCGUGUCCUGUCCCCCCAAAUUUUGUUAAUAUUAAUAUUAGUAUCAUCAGAGGGGAUGGUCCUGUGGAUGUGUUUUAGGGGGUACAAACCUUUGAAUUCCCAAGUUGCUUUUCCAUGAUGUUGCCUGUAUAAAUAGUAUAUAUAAGCGGUUUGGACUGUUCUCUUA